CCCUAGGUUAAGCUGGGGAGCUCCCAGCCUGCAGAAGGCAGCAGGGAUGCUUGUGGCAAGGGUACGGCACAGGAUGCCUAAAUGYCUCCAUUCCCCUUCUUUUGCAGGUGUGGAACUGUCAGUGAAUAAUAACGCUUUGGACUUCACCCUGUCUGCAGCAUCUGGUUCUGUGCUCUCCCUCUCCUGCCUCGUACAGAACAACAGCCAGGCUGAGGAGCUGCUCUGGUACCGAGGAGACGGGACCGUGGAUCUCAAAGCUGGAAAUAAGGAGAACGUCAGUAACAUCUGCAUAUCCCCCGUCACUGCGGAUGACAACGGAGUCGCCUUCACCUGCAAGCUGAAGCGGGACCGAUCUGUGCAGGUCUCUGUGAUCCUGGAUGUCCAGUUUCUUCCUGCCUUUUCUGGAGGAGAGACUCUCUGGGUUGAAGAAGAAAAAGAUGUUACCCUGGAUUGUAAUUCCAAAUCCAACCCUCAAGGCCAAGCAAUCUGGUAUAAAAACAACAAUACCUUAACCCUAGAGCAGAAGCGCUACCAGGUGUACCAGACUAGUGAUGUCUAUCAGCUGUCUAUCAAAAAAGCACAGAAAUCUGACAACGGGACCUACACUUGUCUGGUGAAAUCUGAUUUGGGAGAAAGGAGAAAGGAUUUCCACCUGAUAGUCGAAGAUAAAAAGCCUGUUUUUCCCACGGAGGCCAUUAUUGCUGCCGCCGUCGUGGUUGCACUCACUAUCAUUUUUGGAAUUGUGGCUCGAAAAGAAAAAAUUUUUAAGUGCUUCAAAGGAUCAAGCGAAACAGCUCUGUGAAGAAGGUUCCUGUAUGCAGGAGAAAGCAAACUGAGCAAUGCCGCCCUGAGCUGCAGAACACAACCCUUUGCGUGAGAUUGGCCUCUGAAACUUUGGGGCCUGGAGUCCACACGGUG